UCCGUGAUGAAGGUGCUCCGAGGUCGGAACACCAGUUUGGCAAGCAAAUUCUUCUGCUUAGCCUUACUAAAAUUUUUCUGUCUUUGUGUAGUCCCAUGCACUUCGGGAUUUAUCACAGACAUUUACGAAGAUCACACAAUUGAGUUUGAAAAUGAAACUUUGGAAAUAAAUCGCACAGUAAAUGUUCAUGAGAAUGCAACUCUGACCAUCCAACCUGGUGCAAGUAUAAAGUUUUCUGGAAACGGAAGUUUGCAUGUCUAUGGAAACCUCAUUGCAAAUGGCACGGAAACAUUGCCAAUUGACAUCAGUUCUGAAAUUGAGAUGGAUUUUCAGAGUUUAAGGCUUGUUAACGGCAACGGGUAUAGUUCAGGUCGAUUGGAAAUUUUUCACCAAGGUAUCUGGGGGUCUGUUUGCCGCGAUGGUUGGUCCCAAAUAAACAACGAUGUGGUCUGUCGCGAACUCGGGUUUUCAACGGGAACGUUGUCGUUCGAAUUUGGAGCAGGAACUGGUCAAAUAUGGAUGGAUGAUGUGCGGUGUACUGAAGCUGAUCGUUCAUUGAGACAUUGUAGCCACCGUGGAUUUGGUAGUCAUAAUUGUGUGCAUCAACAAGACGUUGGAUUGAAAUGUACCGGGAUAAGGCUAAACUUGGAAAGAUAUGAAUUUUCGAGAAGCAUAUUACAUUUUGCUGGUAAAGGAAAAUCCUCUUUGAUCAAUGUUAGAAUACAUAGUGAACAUGAACAUCGAUAUCUGGCAAAAAACUCAUCAUUAUCUACCUUUAGCCGUUCCACGGCAAUUGUUUGUGAUAGUGAGUGUCCUUAUGUCACACGUCUAAACAUAUCAGGCUUUCAUCUGGCUGUGGAAAUACGUAACUAUGGUAACACUUUGUUACGGAAUACAAGGAUCAUAAGCUGUUUUUAUGGUGUUGUAGCGACGAACAAUCCAGUGAAUAGCUCCGUGAGAAAUAACCUUAUUGGACGUUACAAAGGCACUGAAACUCUGCGCUUAGAGAAAAUUUCAGUUGCCAACACUACCGUAGGCUUGUAUUUAGAUGAUAAUUCUUCCCUCCCUAUUGAAGUAGAAGAUACUGCUACUAAAAACUGCCAUAUCGGGGUUGUAAUUUCAAAAACAGUGUUCACAAGGGUUAAGUUGUCAAAUCUGAUGCUUGAGUAUGGCACCGAUGCUAUCACAUUACGAACAAAACCAGGGAGAUUUGAACAGAUCGAUAUUUGCGACAGCAGCAACAGCGCUUAUAAUGGAUUAUUCCCUGUAGAAAUCAGUACUUACAGAUACAACAGUAACCCUUGUUCGAUGAUGUUCGCAACCUCUCCAGGCCAGGUUCUGGCAGCUUUUGUUUCAGAUCUUUCCUAUAUCAACUUGCGGAUUCGCGAUAGCAAUUCAUCUGAACUGCUGUUUGAGCUAUCCAGCGAUAAUCUGUCGCAACAAUAUAUCGUUGAAUUGAAAAGUAGUGCUGUUAUUGUUGAGAUCGAAUUUGAAGGAUAUUGGUGGCAUACGAGAAAGUUCAAGAUGUUUCUUAGGAGUCGACCAGAAAGUUCAUCCAAAAACAACAUCAACGAGAUUUCAAACGUGACUAUUCGGCAAUUUACCGAGGUUGGAAUCAGUCUUAAUGUUGAUUCCUCCACGACGAAAUCCACGACGAUCAUCAGAAAUUCUCAUAUUGCAAAUACAAGUGCAAAUUCCAUAAUUGCGAUUCUUGGACAAGGAUCUAUACUGAAACUGAUAAACAGUACAUUUCAAUAUAAUGGUUACUCUCACACUGAGGCUAUUUUAAAGUUAAUUAUAAACGGUUAUUCCCUUGUCCAGGUAAAUGGAAACAUAUUUCAUCAGAACCAGUACCGAAACAUCUUCAACAUUAAGACUUCGACCUCAGGAAUAUCCAGAAGCAACCCUGAAUACAUAUUAAAAAUAACGAACAACACAUUUCAGUACAACACGAACUCGUACUCUGAAACCGCUAUGGUGGAAUUAUUUUUCCAUGGCUAUUUCCUCGUGGAAGUAAUAGGAAACACGUUUCAUAAAAACUAUUAUGAAAACAUUUUGGAAUCCGACAUUUACGCUUCAGGAUGGUCAAGUUACAACCGUGGAUCUUCAUUGAAACUAGUAAACAAUAUAUUUCAGUACAACAGGAUCCCUAACAAUUUAACGCCUAUGUUGCUUUUUUCUUUCAUUGGUUCUUAUAGCUAUUGUCCUAUUCAGAUCAUUGGAAACAUUUUUCAAAAUAACCACUACGAGGAAAUUUUGAAAUUCAGAUUCUCUACAAGAUGGAACUCACGAAACAAACUAUCAUUACUUGACAACAGAUUAUUCAAUAAUACUGCGAAAAAUUUGGUUGAUUUCACUGGAGACGCUGAAGUGGUUGUCAUUCGUGGGAAUACAUUGUUGCACAAUGCGGUGGUAAGAAGCAUUUUUAGUCUAGUCAAUAACGAUUACAAUCCCUCGAGCAGUUUGAAUUUCACUAGAAACAGUCUGAUUGCCAAUGUUGUUCAUCGACGCUCUCCAAGGUCAUCUUAUGAUACCAACGAUGUUGCAGCUGUAAUCUGUUUAAGCAGGAAAAUUUUUAUGAAUGAAAAUUUUUUUGAAAACCCAUUUCUUUCUUUGGAAUUGAUGCUUACGCCAAACUUGAAUUCACAUCACAUUGAUGGAAGAAUGAAUUGGUGGGGAUCCACUGACGUGAACGAUGUAAUUGCGAGAAUUUUUGAUUUCCGUCAUCGAAAUUAUUUGCCUCAAUUAACUUUUUCACCUUUUCUUGCAAGUGCUAAUCUUUCUGACGUCUUUAAAGGGGAGACAAAUAUCAUGUUUAGAAAGGGAAGGGUACUGGGAGGUCUCGUAACUGAAGACAUUAUCCUCGAAAAAGACAAUUCUCCUUUUAUUGUGACGAGAGACGUUAUAAUUUUACCAAAUGCUACACUGACUAUUCAAGCUGGUGUCCAAGUCAACGUGUUUCCAAAUAUUGGAUUUCAUGUUUAUGGCAAGUUUGAGUUACUUGGAGAAUUAAGUGCUCCAAUUAAAUUUGAUAUUGCGACGAGAUUGGAUGGAAUUUCCAGCUUUGGACAAUAUCCGAUUCGUCUUGUGAAUGGUUCAAAACCAUGGGAGGGUAUUGUUGAAAUACUUUAUAACAAUACCUGGGGAACAAUAUGUGAUAAUUAUAACUCGUAUGCUAACAGUAUUGUCUUAUGCAAACAGCUGGGAUUUGAGGGUUAUAUCAGCAGUUAUCGUUAUACGCCCAGUUCUGGUAGUGCAAAGCCAGUUUGGUGGGGAAAUCUAAGAUGCAAUUCAGGAACUCAUUAUGAUAUUGGUAGUUGUCCUUUCGAAGGCUGGGGUGUAUCGUGCUAUAGUAGUCUAUGGACUGUACGUUGUAAUCCUGGCUCUUGGCGCGGAAUACGAUUUCGGGAAACCGCAAAAGCAAGUCAAAUAUCCCAUGUAAAAUUUGAACAUGGUGGAGGUAAUACCCAACCUCAUAUAAGUCGCUAUGUCUUGCAUUUUGACGUAUUGAGACAAGUCAUUAAAGAUGUAGAAAUUCGCGAAUCUUUCGGUGGAAUUAAAAUUGCUUUCCAAGCUCCUGAUUCUAACAUGGCAAAUAUACUGAUUCAAAAUCGAAAUAGAGAUAGUGGCAAUGGAAUUGAGAUAUUCUCGUCACUAAACUGUUACCAUUGUGGCAUUUUUAACAAAAACACGGCCGUUUUUAUCCAAAGAAUUGACAUCCGAUCAUUUAUUGAUGAUCGUGAAAUUAAAUACAUUGAUUCCAUCCUGCCAGACAUUAUGUUGAGAAAGGAAAUUUCAUUGUGCGAGCAAAAUAGAGAAAUAACCAUUGGUAGAGAAGACAUGCAGAUUAUUACCACGUCGAGAACUACAUCCUAUUCCUCCACAAAUGUUGAAUGCAUUUUCAACAUCACACUUUUAUCGGAAGCUUUCUUAACUACAGUCAUGAAGAUAUCAGAUGUUGAAGCACUCACAAUUACUGCGUCAAAAGUAAAUUCAUCAAAAAACAUAAGUUUUAACGCUAGCCACAGCGAUGCGUACAACUUUGGACCUGGUUAUUUAACCGUACGUUACUGGCGAAAGGCUUAUUCCAGUGGUACAAAUAUUAGAAUUGCUAUCGUCAGUGCGAAAGGCAAUGACGCUUCUUGGUUCAAAAAUGAACCUGCAACUGCAAUUUUAUUUGCUGGCUCGCUGUUCAAUAAUUACUAUGGCAUUCGAGGAGAUCAAAGCGGUGGUAUAAGAUAUCUCAAACUGCAACAUGUCACCUUGAAAGGUAACACCUAUGGCAUCUACGGCUAUCAUCGCUCUACAAAUGUUUCUCUAGACAAUUGUACGAUAACAGAUGGUAAUACUGCUGUGUACGUACAACAUAAUUAUUAUUCGAACGAUUUCUUUGCAAAUUCUCACUUAAAUUACCUGAAACUGGAAAACUGCGUCAUCCGUAGAAUGUCGUAUGCUGUAAUACAUUUCAGAAAUUAUGAUUAUUAUCAUUACUUACAACAAAAACGGGUCGUAUCUCUUCACCGUUGCAUCUUGCACGAAAACGGAAGAAUAUAUUAUGGAUACCAUUAUCAAUAUUAUUAUGAUAGAUUGGCAAUCGAUUUAUACGUCAGUGAAUGCAGCAUUUCACAGACCACUUAUUAUGGAUUUGAGAUAGAUCUACCAGAUCCCACAAAAACAGUUUUCUCAUUUUCUCUCGACAAGAAUUUAAUAUUUAAGAAUCGGCGAACGCUGUUGCGAUGCAGCGUUUUUUCUAUGGGAAGUUUGCAAACCUCAAUAUCAAUUAUAAAAAACAUUUUUGUAAACAACUCUCUUCCAGCAGGAGAGGGGUUGAUAGACUUCUAUGGUAAACAAAUAAGAAGUAUAAUCACCGAUAUCAGCAAUAACACCUUCAUCAAAAACAAGUGCUCGUUUUUGAUAAAAGUCGAUGUUCAGUCAAAUCGGGUGCCAAAAACUUUUAUGAUAAAAAACAACAUCUUGGAACACAAUGAAGGCGUGCCCUCAAAUAAUCAGAAAUAUAUUGAGGCAGGUAUCACCUCUUACACAGUUGGGCUUUUUGGAUGCAUGUUUAACCUUUAUGAUAUUCAUGGGAAUAUUUUUAAUAAUGAAGAAAUGAAGAAAGAGUUGUUUGUCGGACUUACAUGCGGUACGAAUUACCUUUCAAAUACAAUUGAUGCUACACUUAAUUACUGGGGCACGUCAUCCAGGAAACACUUGACGGAAAGGAUUUUUCACUUUGAUAAUUGGAGUGACAGACCAAGAAUAAAGUAUCUUCCAGCUGCUGCUACACGAAACUUCACAGCCAUUUUAAAGCCGAAGCCACAUACACACUUCAAUCAAUCUCAGAUUGGUGGAUAUGUUCAUUUUUCACUGAAUCUGACUGCAGUAAACAGUCCAUAUGUCGUUAUGAACGAUUUAAUAAUAUCCCAAAACGCCACACUGGAUAUUGAGCCAGGCGUUCAAUUGUACUUUAAACCACACAUUGGUUUGCUAGUUCUUGGAAAUAUCAUCGCCCGUGGAACAACGAAUGAAAAAAUAACGUUCUGCUCUUUGGAAAAUAAGUGCGAAAAGAGGUCGCAAAGCAGAGUUCGACUUUUUGGUGGAGACUAUGAACAUAAGGGAAAAGUUGAAGUACUUGUUGAUGGCAUUUGGCAGAGCGUAUGUUUUUCUUACUUUUCAUCCAACGAUGGGACAGUUGUCUGCAGACAAUUAGGUUAUGGCAGAUAUAUCAAUCAUUACUCAAGAUACUAUGAUAAUAGUCCUCAUUACAAAGUUUCCUGGAACUGUCGCGGUAAUGAAACUUCUUUAUUAAACUGUAAGAACCAGAGUAUUAGCAACUGUGGCGGUGGCUGGUGGUGGGGUCAUAGUAGGCAUCACGGAGUUAUCCUCGAAUGUGAGAGAAACUUUAAAUGGGGCGGCGUGCGAAUUAUCCAUCAAAACUUUAUCAAUUCAACUGGUUAUGGAGAGAAAAACGAACAAUCGUUAUUGAGAAAUAUUCUUAUUCACCACGCGGGUAUUUUGCAUGAGGAAGAUGCUCCCUCAAUUCAGGUUAUACGACGUUCGCCAUCUAUAGCACAUGUCGAUAUUAGAGAAAGUAACGGAAUUAAGAUAAUUGCGCACACACAUACCAUGGCCCUUGAAAAUGUUAACGUAGAAAGCGGUUUGAAAUUUCCAGCAAUAUCUAUUCUGGGCAACAAAGGAUCAGUUUCAAUCUCCAGGUGUUCAUUUAAAAGAGGAAAGCAACAUGCGAUUGCGAUUUCCCCAAUUAAAAACAUCACCUUCAUGUAUCCUUAUCUAGGCCACAAUUUGUGCAAUUCCGUUCAAAAAGUCUACGUGGACGAUGAAUCAUAUAUUUAUCUAAGUGAAAAGGAUAAAAUUACAAACAUAUUUUGUGGUUUAGAAAUAUCAUCUCCGAGAAAUACAAUAAUUCAUUUCCGACUGCUAUCCUGGGUGAGAAGUUCAUACACUGUAAAUGUCUAUAAUGGUGAUCGUUCCUCGAUGAUCGCAAGGAUAUACGAUUGGAACGUUAAUCAAUAUGAAGACAAAGUUAUUGUGAUUCCAUCAAAUUCAGUGUUGAUAGAGGCAGACAUAUCAACAUUACGAGGAUUUUUAGCUGAAAUUACAGUUAUCGGUGAAACAGGGAGGUCCAAACAAAAACCGGAGAUCAACGUUAAUAUUGAAGAAUGUAAUUUUCAAGAAAUUUCUGGUUCAGCGGUUCAUUACACUUCAGAUCCUGAACUCGCCAGCACAGUAACGAUUAAACGUAGCCACGUGACUUUACAAGGGAACAAAAAUCAACCAAAUACGGCAUCAAUUGAAAUGUUGGUUAGAAACAACGACACAGUAGAGAUCUCAAACACGGUAUUUUCCAGUGUCAAUCGAGGGGGGAUCCACAUCUACCUUUACGAUAAACCAGGAGUGAUAAAUAUAGUUAAUAAUGUCAUUUCCGGUAAUGCCAACAGCAGCGAGUCCGUUCAUGUAGUUGCUGUUGGAAGUGGCACGUCUAGUGAACUUCUUAUGGCUGGAAACUACUUUAAUCGAAACGAUAUUUCUUACCCACACGGACUGGUUGUAAUAAAAAACAUGAAUGCCGUCGCUAAAGACAACGUGUUCUACCAAAACAAUGCAGAAAUUGCAUUUAAUUUGGUUAAUUCCAAAAGUCUGAACACCUCGUCUACUGUUACCAGAAAUGUAUUUCUGUUGAAUAGGGGAUAUUUACAUACACUGCUGAUUCAACCAAACGGUCGUGAAAUGAUCAACGAGAACUCUAUGGUUAACCCAACUAAUUUGUUUGAACUAAGUACUUUGCCAAGCAGUUCUAGUAACAUCGUUAUAAAUGCCACAAAUAAUUGGUGGGGCAACGUGGAUCCUAACGUGAUCAUGAGGAAAAUAAAGGAUAAGAGAAGAUAUGCCGGAUUACCACGUGUAAUAUAUCAACCUUUCUUAACGACACCAACACUAAUAUUCUCAACAGGAUUAUGUCCUUUUGAUUGGAUACACUUGGACAGAAAAUGCUACAAAAAUCUUAGAAGUCCUCAUAGUUUUACGAAGUCCAAAGAAAUGUGCAAGAAAAUUGGUGGGAAAAUGCUUGCUUUUCACGAAAACCAAAUUCAAUCAUCCGAAGUGUUACACAAGUUGCAUUCGAAAUGGGCAUAUGGAACACGGUCAAAUAUUUGGAUCGACGUCUUAACACAGGAUUCGAUUCCAUUCCAGAAUAACAGAUGUUGGAUGUUUGAUGGCACAAUAAAAGAAGCAUCAUGUGACUUAAAAAAUCCAACAAUAUGCGAAAAGAGUAAACGUGUUCGCUGCAUCAACGACUGCUCUCUCAACGGAAUUUGUCUGGGACAGACAUGCAAGUGUAAUAAUGGAUGGGAAGGAGCUGAUUGUUCGUCAUAUCACUGUAAAGAUGUUGGUAAUUGUGGGACCUUUGGAACUUGCAUUGGACCAAAUCAUUGCAAAUGUCGCAUAGGAUGGAAGGGUCGUGGUUGCACCGUUAGUUAUUGUCUGCCGUUCAGAACUUGUCAAAGUUGUCUCUCACGCAGAGGAUGUGGUUGGUGCGACAACACGCGGAAAUGUUUACCUGGCACAGGUUAUAAAGCGGACAUUGGGCAGUGCAAAUCUUGGUUUUAUCACAACUGUAUUAGUGUUGGACGAAAUCCGUCAUGUUCUAGUGCUAUAAAAGUUAUCGACUGCAGCACAAAUUUGUGCAAUCUUGACCAGUCGCGGUCAAACAAAGGAAGUUGUCAGCAAUGCAAAGAUUUGGAACGCUGCUAUAAUUACAACAAUACAGACAAUUCCACAUCACCAAUAUGUUAUGGGUGGGACGAAAGGAAAUGUACAAAAGGAUUUGUACUGAAGGACUACGAAGACACUUCGCGGAUUGACAAAGUCGUAACGAUGUCAAAUGUAAAACUAAUCAAUUCCGAUGACUUGAAAUUAUAUGGUUGUCCAGUUGAAGAGGGCUUCGUUAUUGUGACAAAACAAAGCAGCAUGAAAUUGGAAAAAGGAGACAUCAUAUCAAGCACACAAGCAGAGGGAGUGUUUCACAAAAUCAAAGAUAUUGCAUUCACAGAUCAACAUGUUCUCAUGAGCGUAAUUCCGGCAACACUGGAGGAGGCAAUUUCCUACAGUGAUUUCAAUCAAGAGGUUCGACUUCAGAGCGUGUUAGUUCAAGACUUAUUUGAAGACCGUCCUGAUGACAGCUUAUUGCAAGAUGUUCUCUCAGGAGACUCCCAAAUUAACGGGACAAAAGUACAUCAUAUUUCUACUGGAUCAGGCAAAAACGUAUAUAAAUGUUUAGCAAGAACCUACACGACUGAUGAUAAUGAAGAGGUCACAACUUUCUUCUUGGUCAUUCCCAUGACAUCCAUCGAUGGAAAUUUGAGUGUUGGUCAUGUUCUUGUUGGCAAUAGCAGCGACGGUUUUCUAGAGACCAUUACGGACAUUAUUCAAGAGGAAGAUGUCAUGUUUGUUUAUACUGAACUGACAGCAUGUAGCCAGGGUUUUUCAAAUUUGAAGAAAUAUAAAAUUUUGGAAGAGUCAACUAGCUCUUGUUUGGGUGGAGACGAUCUUCUUGGUUUAAAGAUAGCAGAGAAUGUUGGUAACGUUACGAUCGGUGAUAUAAUUGUUGGAAGAGAAAGUGGUGCAUUUUUUGGAAAGGUUCUCAGCUUUUACACAGAAAAUGAAAACUAUUUUGUGGAAUUGAUGCCACUAAUUUCAGUCAAAGAUGGAAAUGUCACAGAACAAUUUAACAUCAGUGAUACUACUCCUCGUCGGCGAAAGCGGGCGAGAUUUAGCUUGACAACAAGAGCAAGGUUUAGGAAAAGUGCAACUAAAAAGAUUGGACGAUAUGUGAAACUUGGUGCAAGCGUCGAAUUUGAUGCCGGGGUAAAAAUCAGCCUUCAGACAUCUUAUUCUACGCUGAAGUCAGUUGGGAUCACUUUAUUUGGCAAUAUGAAAUUAAAUCUCAACUGCAAUUUUGAUCCUACUGCGAGCUAUUCGAAACCGUGGAGUAAGAAACUGGUCGACAAAGAAGUUGGCCGCUUCUGUAUUCCUAUAAUAGGAGCAGUGUGUGUACCCGGAGUGUUCAGAUUGAAUAUUGGCGCUUCUGCAAGUGUCUCCGCUUCGGCUUCUGCCUCGUUAUCUGCAAGUUUGACGUCAAGGUAUUCAAUAUCGGCUGGUGGUGAGUGGCAUAAAGGUCAUGGAGUUCGGCGAAUUUUUAAUAAGGGAGGUUCAACGCAACCGUCGUUUAAAGCACGCUUAAAAGAGGCAUCAGCGUCCGUCUCAGCAUCUCUUACGCCAACGUUUGAAGCCCACUGGCCAUCGGUGAUUCCCAGAAGGUUGAAGAAAAAGGCAGUACGGAUUCUUCGAAAAAUUUUAGGUGGUAAGAAUAGCUCGAAUAUCCCAUCGCUCUUCGUCUUCAAAUUAACAGCACCAUUAACUACAUCGCUGAAUGCGAAAUUUUGUACCGAAAAAUGCCCUGACUCAGGGGGAAACAUAGAGGCUACUUUCCGUGGAGGAUUGCCCAAGAUCUCUGGAUCUUUAACCGUCAACAUUGGCCCAUACAAUAAAAAUUUUAAACUUUUUGGAAUUCCAGUGUAUGAGAACGUUCAAAGCAAAUGUUUCUCCACCGGUCCGAUUAAAGUGCCAUGUUGCAUUAAAGAUGGCAAACCUGGCAAGAUUGAUCCAAAAACUAAAGACUGCGAAGAGGAAUGUGACUGCAUUCCAGGUGAUUCAUCAUCACUCAAAGGUGUAAAGAUGCCAGAUGGUUCUUGCAAGUGUGAAAUGUGUCCAGAUAAUUCCGUGAAACGAAAAAGAAGUGGCAACAAACCAGAAUGUCCAUGUUUGUGCAAAGAUAACACCGAAAAAGAAAUGAAUACCGAUGGAUCUUGCCCAUGUUCGUGUUCGUGCGAAGACGGCACCGAAGACACGAUUGCCUGGGAUGGUUCCUGUCCAUGUAAAUGCUCGUGUGAAGGAUUUUUGGAGUCAACUCGUGGGCCUUUUGGUUGCAAAUGUGAGGAAAAGUGUCCAGUAUGCGAGGACGGUGAGGAGCCAAUGUGGAUUGAUCAAAAGUGUAAAUGCAGAGAGAAAUUUAACUGCGGUGUUCCACCAGUGUGCGUCAUUGGUCGUAAAGGACCAAAUUGUCAGCUACCUGACUGUUGGCCAUGCCAAGGAUGUUCAGGAAAUGGCUUUUGUGUGACUGACUCUUCUUGUCGCUCAAGAUGUUUGUGUCGAAGGCGUUGGCAAGGUCGAUGCUGCGAAAGACGUAGGCCCGUUCGAUGGUGGGGAGAUCCCCAUUUACAAACUCUUGAUGGAGUCGAGUUUGACUAUUUUGGUAUCGGAGAAUUCUGGAAUUGCAAAAGUAUCAAAAAUGACUUCGGAAUGCAAAUACGAUUCUUUGGUUAUAAAGGAGCUUCUCUGACUGGAGCAGUUGCUCUUAAAGUGGCAGAGAACGUCGUUACAAUAACAACACUACCAGUUUCGUCACCCGGCGAUUUACCAAUGCUAAGAGUCAAUGGUGCCUUGCAGAAUUUCUCUGGAAAUAAUGCACAACCAUCAUUUGCCAACGAUUCCAUAAAGCUUAAUAUCUUCAAUCCAGAAAAUAGAACCGAGAGCAAUGGAGCGCAGGUUAUAAUCAUGUCGUUUCAAUAUAAAUCUGGGGUCACGGUGUCUGUCGAGGCGGAAUACAGCCCAGUAAUGUCACGUCAUUAUCUUAACGUUAAUUUUAUACCAAAUGCUGACUUCACCAAAGCCACUGAAGGUUUAUGUGGAUUCAUGGACGAUGAUGAAACCAACGAUUUGAUUGGUCCAAAUGGUGAACAGUAUAAUAAAAAUGAUACCAUUGAAUUUGCUGAAUCAUGGCGAAUAACAGGAAGUCGCAAUGGAUCAGGCCUGGUAAACAGUUGGAAUUGGAAUUCUUCAAAUUUUCAUGCCGAAGAUGUAAUGGAUUCGUCGUAUACAAAUGAAGAACAUACACCUCUGUAUACCUUAGAUAACUUCUCACAAAACCAAGUAGAAGAAGCAAAAGGCGUUUGCAACAGAAAUGGACUGGAGAAUACACUUUUGGACAACUGUGUUUUCGACAUCUUGAUGACAAACGACACAUCGUUUGCAGAUCAACAAUCUUUGCAAAUAGGUUGCCCUAAUGACUGCACAGGAAAAGGUCUUUGUCUGAAUGCAACGUGCAGAUGUCUUGAAGGUUGGUCAGGUGAUGAUUGUACUAUUGGCAGCUGUGGAAACUGCUCACGUGGUUCGUGUGUAGAAGGAUUUUGCAAAUGUGACAUUGGUUGGGAAGGGGCUGAAUGUGAUAGGAAAGCGACAUGUUUUGCUGUUGAUAACUGCACGUCAGAAGUUCAUGGAAUAUGUAAGACAACAGAUGUUUGCGAAUGCAACGUAGGUUUUACAGGCCCAAGUUGCGCUACCAUCGCAAACUGCUACAACGUCCUCAAUUGUUCUUCAAAUGGAGUUUGUAUCGGAAUUGACGAAUGUAAAUGUGACACUGGAUAUAGUGGAGCUUCAUGUAUUGUAACUUCAUGUGAAUCUCUUGGCUAUUGCUCAGGAAAUGGACGGUGUAUUGCUUUUGAUACUUGUGAAUGCGUGAGUGGCUGGUCUGGACCAAGUUGUUCCAUUCCUGACUGUGAUGCAGUGAAUCAAUGUUCUAAAAAAGGCGAAUGCGUUGGACCUAAUUUUUGCAACUGUUUUGGAGGAUAUCAAGGAGCUGAUUGUAGUAUUUUCUUGGACUGCUCGCAUUUAAACAACUGUACUGAUAAUGGUGUAUGCAUCUUUAAUAAUGACGUGACUGGAGAUACAAAUAUUUGCAGUUGUUUCUUCGGUUUUGUUGGAUCCAACUGCAGUCAAUAUGAUUGUUCUGACGUCAACGACUGUUCUGGAAAUGGCACGUGCGUGGAACCAAAUCUGUGUUCGUGCAACAUGGGCUAUGAAGGGGAGAUGUGCCUGGAUUUCUCAUGUCAAUCACGAAGUAGUUGCUCUGGAAAUGGGAUUUGCGUGGGCUAUGAAGAGUGUCAAUGCAAUGACAACUGGAUUGGCUUAUCCUGUGAAACACCGACGUGUUAUGAUAUGAACAACUGUUCAUCCAAUGGACAAUGCGUAUCUCCAAACAAAUGCGAAUGUUUUGAGCAAUAUGACGGCGAAAACUGUACUGAAGAAGUGUCAGAAAAUCUCAAUACCCCUGCAUUCACAAACGACUCUUAUUUUGCCGUCGUAUCUGAGAACAGAGGAAAAGGUUUUGUUGUAUUGAGCGUGUAUGCAAAUGAUACUGACCAUGGACGCAGCGGGGAAGUUUCAUACAUUAUCGAAGACGCAAGCCUUGCGAACUUCUUUAUGGUUAACCAAGACAGCGGUGAAAUCUCAGUAUAUGCUGACGAUGUUUUAGAUUACGAAACCAUUUCUCAAAAACAAUUUACAUUUACGGUCACUGCUACAGAUAAUGGUGUUCCUUCUCGAAAUUCGGAGGCAACAGUUACGAUAACCGUCCAAGAUGAAAAUGAUAAUUGUCCGGUAUUUGGUACUUUACCUGGAAAAUACAAAUUGCCGGUGGAUAUUCUGGCGAGUGAUGCAGACUACGGAAAUAAUGGACGAAUUCAAUAUUCCAUCACAGAGGAGUCAGACCCCGACAGAAAUUUCUUCAUAACUUCACAUGGCGAACUUUUUGCGAACAGUACUCUUCAACCUGGUGAAUACUCGUUGACAGUUGUAGCUAAAGACGGUGGUGUGGUGCCAUGUGCUCGUGAACUAAGUUUGACUGUUGUUAUUGAUGAGAUUGUUUCUGUCGUAGUCUUGCCAACCUCAUCUUCGGUUGCCACCAGCACAAUAACCCUCCAACCAUCGUUGGCGGUCGAAUCAAACUCAACAGCUUAUCAGCAGACGCCAUCACUUCAAACACCUAGCAUGACGGCGCAAAUAACUUCGACUAGUUCCAUUGCUGAUGUACAAUCCAGCUCACAUUUCAUUACUUCGAUCAGGAUGAAACAAUCGUCGACGCUACUAACGACCAGCAUUGUAGCUGACGAUUCAUCGUCAGCACUUUAUUCAAGUUCCCUAUAUUACGAGUUAACUUCAUCUUUUCCAGCAACUAGCACAGUGAUGCAACCAUUUAGCUCACACUUCUUCAAGACUCCGUUAAGCAUGAAACAGUCGGCGACUCUAGCAACGCCUAGUACUGUACCUAGCCUAUCAUCAUCAGCAGCUGUUUCAAGUUCCCUAUAUUACGAGUUAACUUCAUCUUUUCCAGCAACUAGCACAGUGAUGCAGCCAUUUAGCUCACACUUCUUCAAGACUCCGUUAAGCAUGAAACAGUCGGCGACACUAGCAACGCCUAGUACUGUACCUAGGCCUAGCCUAUCAUCAUCAGCAGCAUCUGAUUCAACUCACACUUCUUCAAGACUCCGUUGA